CGUUCGUACGACACGGUCGUACAGUUGUAGUGAGCGAGUGUAAUCCGACGUGAGAGUGAGAGAAAAGAGAGAGAAAGAAAAGGGAGAGGGGGGAUUUGAACGGAGGGGUGACGCGAGACUGAGGUGGUUGCUUCUCAUUGUGUUCGCCGGCUCAGUUCCGCUGCUCUCGUAGUACCGGAUACGCGACGUCAGGUGAUCGACUCUCAGCACCCACGAUCAACCCGCGUAAAAAGAGAGAGACUCCACAAGUGAGAAUUAUUGCGGUAUAUAGACAUAGUUACAGUGAGCAAAGUGCAAAGUGUAUUUCGCGCUCGUGACAAUCGUCGCGAAAUUUUCAAAGUGACGAUCAUCAAGAUUCGAGGCGUCUCGCCGGAAAUCUCCUCCCAAAAUCAAAGUGUCGAUCGUCUCGAUCAUCGGGAGAGACUUUGCUAGAGAAACGACAAACGUAAAUACGAGCGUUAUCGAGAGCCAUCAGCAUGUAAAUUAUGGACGAUACGCGUGUUUAUUUUCAUUUCGUUUUGUUCGUUUCGGCGCCGAGUUAACCGGUAUCGUCCGACGCUCAUUAUCGAGAGCCGUCUCUAGUUCUCACAGCUAAGGAGCCGGCAAGUGGUGGUACCGUCCCGCUGUCGUCGUUGUCAUCGUUGUCGACACGCCGUCGAACCGAGGCCGACAAUGCCGUACGCGGUGACUGCGAUUUAUCGAGCGACAUUGAAUUGGAUAUUCGCGUCCGGAAUCGGUGCGAUCAUAUGAUAAAUGUAGAACACGUUGUAUUCCCGGUUUCUUUUUGUUUUCUCCUUUCUUCUCUCUUUUCGUUUUGAACCCCUCCCUCUUCUUUCCCUUCUAUACAGCUAGGUCGAAGCGCAUUGUUUCUCCCGCCGAACUAGUGAACCCUCGCACGUGACUCGCCACGGUGUCGUUUCGCGCUUUCACGUACGACGUAAUCGUUCAUGUGUUAUCUCGCUACGUCACGCGUAGUUCUGCUGCGUCAUAAGACGCGAUCCAAGAGGCGACUAAGUGAAACAACAGACCGGAAAGAAAGAGAGAAGGAUCGUCACGUUAUAGUUGCGCGCGCGCUCGGACGCGUGUAACGGGCGUUCAUGUGUGUGUGUCGUCUAGUUUUAUUCUAUUCGUGUUGUGUACGAGUUACUAUUCGACGGCUGAAACACGUGACUUGACGGUCGAAUGGGAAGAAGACAAUAUGAGUGAAAUGACGAGUGUUGUCGAGACACAGCAACAACAGCAACAAUACGUAGGUGAUAGUUCGAAUGCGAGGCAUCGUUGUAAGGACUGUGGUGUCAAUUUUGACGGCGAGAAGAGCCUCGAAGUGCACGUGCGGUAUCAUAAAGAGAACUUGUUAAAUCGGUGGGCUAAUAAGGCACAGCAGGAAGAGAGCAAUAAUAAUCAUAGUAAGACUGGCAAUCAUAAUAGUCACGUGAAUGUCAAUCGGGAUAGUGUGACUGUGCCGACGGACUCGAGUGAGCCGUCAUCGAUGUCGCCUUCUCAAGAUCCAACAUCCUCGCAGCAGCAGCAGCAACAGCAACAGCAGCAGCAGCAGCAGCAACAACAACAACAGCAGCAGCAGCCACAACAACAACAACCUCAGCAGCAGCAGCAACAGCCUGCCAUACAUACACUUGAAGACGCUCAGAGCAAUCGCGACGGUGGCGGCGGUUACCCGCGUUAUCAUCCGUAUCAGCAUCAGCAGCACUAUUCUGCGGAUCGCGCGACGUCCAAUUCUACUAGCCCGCAAAGUCCCCCGCUUCAAUGCGACAAAUGCGGUGCCGUUUACGAGGACGCAAAUCAGUUAGGCGAGCACAUGAGAACGAAUCAUUUAGAUUCGCCUUCUGCGUAUCCAUCCGCACCACAAUAUCAACAACUGGGCAACAGUCCUCAGCAGUUGCAUCCAUCGCCUCCUCUUUCCAAUCAACCGCAACAACAACCUAGUUACGAUUACAACGGCGGGCAAACGAGCAAGUCGGAUAUGAAACAGGAACCGCCUGAAGAGCAGGCUGAAAUCCUCGACUUGGAUUCUCACAAAGUGCAAACGCACCGAUACGAGGAAGAGCUCGUAAGAAUUCAUCAACAUCAGCAGCAGCAACAGCAGGGACUUCAGAUGCAGAUGCAGCAACGGCUGAUACCACAGCAGCAGCACAGAAUAGGAUCACAUUCGGUGAGUUCUAUGCUGGGUUGGCCGCCGGCCACCCAACCACAUGAUUAUCAUACUGGGCUUGGCUCUAUGGGCCCCAUAGACAAUGUUCCUCCACCGAUUGCUGAUCAGGGUCAGUUCAUGCGCGGUCAACAUAUGCCCAUGGAGCACGGACAUCAAGGCUCACCGAUAAUCACAAGCACGCAACCGAUAGCAAGCCACCAGAUGCCAGCUGGUUUCGUCCAACAACCGCCGAAAGCGCCGUUAGCAAAUCAAUCCUGGAAAAGCAACGAGCCUCGCCGGCCAAAGACUUACAACUGCACCGCGUGCAACAAGUGGUUUACAAGCUCAGGCCAUCUCAAAAGACACUAUAAUACGACGUUGCACAAGAACGCUGUGAAGAAUGGCAAGGAACCUGAUCCGGCGAACUUACCGAUUAGCGCUCAUCAUCAUCCUGCUAGAGAUAAUAAUCAUUCGGGCAGCAGGGGUGGCGGCGCGCCCGCACGAUCCCCGCCGGAUUUAUCAUCUUCCAGGAGUCCCCCAAACUUGAUGGCAGGUCCCUCGGGCGAGGCGACGAGGGGCCUGCUUCACACGCCCACCACCCACUGCAAUUCCAGCAGCAGCAACAGCAGCAGCGACUCUUCGGCAGCAGCCCUGCAACAACAGCUGGUCCACCUGCCGCACUCGGGAAUAAUGCCGGUCAAUUCUCCAAUUCCAUCGUCGCUGGCGGGACAUCAUCAGCAACAAAUGGGUUCUGCGCCUCAUCAGCUGGGCCUCCAGCAGCAGCAACAACAGCAGCAGCUUCACCUGCCAACGGAUUCGCCGGGCCAGCCGGUGCAUCAUACCACGAGUUCGCCCAUACCCCCACAGGCGGCAUCGCACAUGAAUUGCCCUUCACCAAUGGGUACAUCCCCCCACCCGCAUCACAUGAACUCGCCACCAGGCUCGGUCCAUCCGGCGAUGACUUCGCCCACGGCGAUGGGGGGUACUACGAUGCCUCAUCAGCCGUACCCAAACGCCUUGCCCCCCCACGUUACAAUUACUACCAACACCCCGGCGGUCCUACUGGAGUCUACCCAACCAGUUACCACCAUGCAACUAACUACUAUUGGUAACGAGCAAAACGACCAACAACAACAUCAACUGCUGCCUAGUUUUACGAUCUUCGAUCAGAAGAAUUUCACGCAAAUCGGUGUGCUAACUGGGUUUGUAGUAGAACAAAACCAGAUACAAACCGUUAACGUGGGGGGGCUAAGCGCGGAGGAGAUUGCUCCUCAAGAAUCUUUUGAAUCUUCCACAACGACCUAUGACCCGUAUUCACCAUCGCGCUAUAAGUCGUUGACCGAUAUGGACGUAACGACGAUACAGACGAACGAGGAACAAGUAUCUUCGCUCUCCUAUCAACUUGAGCAACAGCGCAUUGAUCUCGAAACAAAUAAUAAUCAUCUAUCACAGCCGAGUCAAGCGAAGGAGGAUUUAGACCCGAACAUCGGCUUGCAACCUAAGAAAGAGCGUAAGAGCAAGACCAACUCGAGCAAGCAACGUCAGGUCACUACCACUGUAGCCAAUUUUAUUUCGCAGGAUGGCGUGUAUAAGUGUAUUGAUUGUAACAAAUAUUUCAUGAGAGGUUGCUAUCUCACGCAGCAUAACAAAAGCUUCCAUUCGGGCGACAAGCCGUUCAAAUGCGCCCAAUGCGGCAAGCGAUUUCCGAACGAAGAAGUGUACGAAAAACAUGUUCAGAUGCAUACCUGUGCAAGGAGACAUCAAUGCGACGCUUGCCCGAAGGUGUUCGCCCACAAGACCGACCUCAAACGACAUACCUGCAUCCAUACCGGUAGGAGGCCAUUUAAAUGUGAUACUUGCGGUAAGGGAUUUAUCCGACAGGAUCACAUGAAGAAGCAUCAGGACACGCACAACAAGAAAGCGCGGCUGACCGCGCAACGGCAGAACGUCCAACGGCUAAACGCUCAGCGGCUCAACGGUUCGCGUUUCAACACUCAACGAUUCAACGCUCAACGGUGCAAUGUUGAACGGCCCAACGAUGUCCAUAACAACUACGACAGAAAGUUGUAAAGACAUGUGUCUCCGAGAUGUCAAGCCCGAUUGGGCUGCCCGACUACUGCGCGGCUUCGAGAUCGUCUCGAUGACGGAACGAAAGGUAAUAUUCUUCGCCGAUCGACAGAUAUCGUUUUUGUCCGUGUUUUUUUUUGUUGUUCGUUUUUUUGUUCGUUCAAUCCAAUAUAUACAAAAAUUCGAUAUACAAUCAUUUGCCAAUGAUUUGAUAUUUAUUUUGUAAUUCUCGAUAAAAUGCGGUAUUUUUGAUAAGAAAAAUGAAGCAAAUAACGAAUUUUUGUCUUGGGCUUUAUCCGCGUGAAUAAAUACUUUUUGAAAAAGUAGUUUUAAUAUAGCGAUAUGCACGUAAACACUGUAUGACAGCGUCGGCAUUUUCUCAAUUUUUUUAUAUUAAGGUAAUAUUUAUUCGACUCUCAAAGCAAUUUGAUGUUUUCCAAGCUUUUAUCUAAAAGUAAUUUGAUGAAAAGUAAUCAAGGCGAAACGGACCUCACAAUGUACCGAAAUCACUGUGCUUUUUUUGAACACGUAAUACAAAAAACGUAUCUGCGAAACUUUCACGACGGUAUCGACCGAAAUCGUAACGAUAUUUGAUCCCAAAGAGGAAUAAUACGAGAUCUUUCUCUGUCUAUUACUUCCGUCGCAUCGAUUUCUCAACAGAUCGCAACUUUAAAUUUCGUUAAUGUUUUUGACGACGAUCUCGAGAAAGUUAUAUAAGCGUCACAUUUUCAAAUUGGCAAUAAGUGAUCGGAGACUAAGAUAUCGAUGUUGUAUUAAGUCGUCGAAGCUUAUAACAAUGUGUACAAAGUAUUAAAUAUAUAUAAAAAAGUGUGUAUAUUAUUAUUAUAUUAUAAUUAUUACAAUUAAAUAAUAACAUAAACAAAGAAGGUUCUCUAUAAUAUAAAAUUUACAACACAUAGGACAAAGGCCAAUCAGCGCUAAAGCGCAGAGUUAUUCGGCGUUUUUUUAUACUUUUUUAUGUAUUUUUAGUAUAUAUUAUAAAUAUGUUAUAAUUACGCCUUAUUUUCUAUGUUUCUUUAAUAUACGUUUCCAAAAUCAUCGAAAAUUGCUCUCAUUUAUCUCAUCACACAUUUCAUAAUUUGUAAUUAUACUUUUCUUCUUCUUUCUUUCUCUCUCUCUUUUUUUUUUGGUAAAUUACGAUAUUUAUUACAAAAUAGCACCGCACACACACACACACACACGCGCGCGCACACAACCACACAUUGUGUGUGUGGACAGAAUAGCAAUAAAUUUGCAGACAAUGUUAGUAAUAAUAUAAUUGCAUUAAUUGUGUGAUAAUUAUUAUAAUAGAGUUACAAAACUAUAAUGUAGUAUUAUUAUAGUAAAAAAAAUUUUAUUGCUAUUCAACUUAAAUAAAGCACAAAAGAUGAAGCAUAACGAUAGAUUGUGAAAUGUGAUGAAUAAAGAUACAAUUUAACCGAUGUGAAAACGUAUGUGCUGAAGAAGAAAAAGCUCAUUCUAUCUUAUUUUUAACAAAUUUUUCUGUAUUUUGUUCUACAAAUGAGCGAAACUUGUAAAUAUAUUUUAAAAUAUUUAUAAAUAUCAUAACUUUUUCCUUUUGUUAUAUGUGUUUAUAAAGGAUAAAAAUAAAGUUUUUAUUAUAUAUAUAACAAAUAAACCAAUAAAGCACUCUCUAUUGUGAAAACAUGCCCAACAUCAAUCAAGAAUUGAAAUGUAUAUCGAAGAAAAUGUAAAAAUAUACUUUUUAUUUUAGAUAAAACUUUGAUUUUAGAUUUUCGCUACUUUAUUGUGAAAACGUGCCCAAUAUUGAUCAAUAAUUGUAAUAUUAUUAAAGGAAAAGUAAAAAAUAUACUUUUUAUUUUAUAUAAAACUUUGAUUUUAAAUUUACUGAAAGAUUUGUAUCGCAGUCGCAGCUGCUUUUGCUCGUUUCGCAACAGUAUUUAAUCAGAGAUCGAUUAAUUAAUGCCAUCAAUAUAUCGAACGAUUUGAGCUACACAAAAAUCAUAAAAUUAACAUUAACUGAUAAACUUCAAUAGCGAGAACAAGAUUAAUGUCAACAGCAAUCGCUGAUGAAUAAUUAACAUAUCAAUAUUUUUAAUGAGAAAAUGUAAUCUACUAAUAAUAAAUCAGCAGUAUAAUUCUUAUUGAUAAGAGUGGCAAAUAUUUAUAUGACAAUUAAGCAUAACAAUCCAAGAAACAAAUAAAAUAUAUAAUUUAUUAUA